AUGUUUACUACAAGUGUAAAUAGUAAUCAUAGUAAUGAUAGUAGUGGGAAUGGAACGACUACGACUUCGUUGUUGUCAUCAACGACUACAGUGACAGGGUCAUCGUUGAGUAGCGGUAUACUUGAUGAUGGAGACAAUGAACAAAUGUUACAACAACAAUUCGAGUAUAUUGAAAAGCUUGAAGGAGAUGUUGGACGAUUACAAAAGGACAAUGAAUCAUUAAAUGACAAGUCUGACAAACACGCCGACACGAUCUUGUCACUCGAGAAGGAACUGGCUAUUCAAAGAUCACGUGUCUAUGAACUCGAAAGACAGAAUAGUAACUUUCAAACAGCAACCAAAGAAGCAUACAUUGAAAAGGAGGAAAAGGAAAAGGAACUCGAAAUGAGACUCGCAUCAAAGAACAAGGAACUUGACGAGUUACUCAUCAAUAUUCGAUACAUGUCGAAAAACGAACAAGAAGCUAAAAAGAAAUACGACGAUCUACUUGAAAAGACACAACAAGAACAACGAAACAAUGACAUGAAGAUUAAAUCAUUGGAAAAGGAAAAGUUACGUUAUCGUUCAGAUGUUGCCAAUCUCAAACACAAGAAUAGUUUUGGAUUGGAAAUGGAGGCAUCAUCUGAUUCCAAGGAUCUAGUGAUUGAAUCGUUGGAGAGUAAGAAUCAGUCAUUGGUACAAGAGAAUACAUCAAUCAAGAAUCGUCUUGACCAAACUAUCAAAGAUCUAGUUGAAGCUGAGAAACUCAUUGAAAUCUUCCAACAACAAAUCCUAUCAAAACAAAAACAAGAUCAAUCUCAAUCUCAACUUCAACACCAACAACAAUUAAAUGAACAAGAAUCAAUUAAAAAAUCUCUUCAAAGAGAAGUAACAUAUUAUAGUGAAAUUAAUCAAAAGAAUCAAAGUAAAUUAAUGGAAUUGGAGAACCAACUAAAAGGAGUUGGAAAUUCUGAAAUGAUCAAACAAGAAAACAAAACACUAAAAGAUAAAUUAUCAAGAUUUGAGGAAACGAUCACCAAGCUCAAUAGUCUACAAGUACAAUACAAUACAAUGGCAGAGGAAAAACAAUCACUUGAAAAAAUAUAUGGUCAAAUUGAUUCUCAAAAUGGUGGAUUGGAAUCUUUCCAUCAAAAGAUUCGUGAAUUGGAAUCUGAAAAUCAAACUCUACGUGGAAAAAUUGGUGAAUUAACUUCUAAUCUUAAAUUAUCUGAAUCUCAUAAUAAUGAUAUUGAAACAUUGUUAAAAGAAUCAAAAGAAAGUUGUAAUUUAUUACAUACAAAAAUAUCAAAUCAAGAUGAAUCUAUUAAUCGUUUAAACAAACAAGUUUAUUUAUUGAAAAAAGAAAGAGAUGGUAUUAAAAGAAUUUUGGAUGCUUUUGAUGUUGAAGAUAGAGUUGUCAUUAAAAAGGAAAAUGAAAAUGGUGGUGGUAGUGGAGGUGAUUCAUCUCCAUCUACUGUUUCACUUGCUCAAAAAAUGGAAAGAAUCAAUGAAUUGGAAAGAGCAGUAUUGGAAAAGGAUAGAUUGAUUGAGGAAUAUGAAACAACACUUUCAAUGAGAAACUCUAUACUCGAUCAAAAGGAUGAUUCUAUAAAUUACAAGUUGGAAUUUGAAAAACUCAACCAAGAGAUUGAAAGAUUGUUACAAGAUAAUGCAAUUUUGGAAUCAAGAUUGGGUAGAGGUGAAUUUGAUCAAACUAAAACAAAGGUUUUACACAUGACAAAUAAUCCAACUUCAAUGUUAUUAAAUCAAAAUCAAUCAAAUCAUCAACCAAAUUCUAUUUCUGAAUCAAAAUUAUUAGAAGAAAAUAAUGGAUUAAGAAUUCAAAUCUCUGAAAAUGAUAAAAAGAUGGAUAGAUUAAAACAAGUAUUUAAAUUAAAGAUUCAUGAAUUUAGAGAGGCGGUUUAUGCAUUAUUUGGAUUCAAAAUCGAUAUGGACACUAAUAAUUUAUACAAGUUGCAAUCAAUGUAUGCCGAAAAAGAGAGUGACUUUUUAAUCUUUCAAAGAGCACAGUCCUCUUCCUUGUCCAACGAUAAAAAGGUUGGUAGAAUGGAAUUGAUGGAAACAGAAUUCACAAACACUCUUGACAAGGAAGUAAGAGCCUAUCUUUUUAAAUGUAAAUGUAUACCUGCUUUUCUCUCUCAAAUUACAAUCGAUCUCUUUUCAAAACAAACUUUCCAUCCAUAA